GCCGCACAGUCAACAACUGCCUUUGAACACUCCGCACCCACACACACACACACUCAUAUAUAUAUACAUCGAUUUAACAUCUGCGCCGCGAAAGAUGCACGGAUACCGAACAUACAACAUGGAGAGCCAUCAUGCCCACCACGACGCCAGUCCCGUGGACCAGAAGCCGCUGGUGGUGGACCUCCUGGCCACCCAGUACGGCAAGCCCCAGACUCCUCCUCCAUCGCCAAAUGAAUGCCUAUCCAGUCCGGACAACUCCCUGAAUGGCAGCCGCGGCUCGGAGAUUCCCGCCGAUCCGUCGGUGCGUCGCUACCGCACCGCCUUCACCCGUGACCAGCUGGGUCGUCUGGAGAAGGAGUUCUACAAGGAGAACUAUGUGUCCCGACCCCGCCGCUGCGAACUGGCCGCCCAGCUCAAUCUGCCGGAGAGCACCAUCAAGGUGUGGUUCCAGAACCGCCGCAUGAAGGACAAGCGCCAGCGCAUCGCCGUCGCCUGGCCGUAUGCCGCCGUCUACUCCGACCCCGCCUUCGCCGCCUCCAUCCUCCAGGCGGCGGCCAACAGUGUGGGCAUGCCCUACCUGUCCACCAGUCCCAUGAUGGCACCAGGAAUGCCGCCCAUGGGCACUGGCAUGCCCCCGAUGGCCAUGCCUCAGAUGCAGGCCAUGCAGAUGCCCGGCCAUUCGGGACAUGGACACCCGGCGCCAUAUGGACAGUACCGGUACACACCCUACCACAUCCCCACCCGGCCGACGCCACCGCAUCCCGCUGGCCCUCAUAUGCACCAGCAAAUGAUGGGAACCAGCGCCGCCACAUCAGCGUACUCCGCCGGCCUGCUGGGAGCCCUGCCCUCCGGCUCCUGCUAUCCGGGAUUGAGUGUGCCCAAGACCCAGACGCCGCCACUGGACCUGCAGUCCUCCUCCUCGCCGCACUCCUCCACGCUGUCGCUCUCGCCAGUGGGAUCCGAUCAUGCCAAGGUGUUCGACCGCAGUCCAGUGGCCCCCGCUCCAGUUGCCUCCGCCGUUCCCCUGACCACCACCAGUCCGCUCCCGGCUCCCGGUCUCCUGAUGCCCAGCGCCAAGCGACCCGCCUCCGACAUGUCGCCGCCGCCCACAUCCACCAUGAUUGCGGAGCCCAAGCCGAAGCUCUUCAAGCCCUACAAGACUGAGGCGUAAGGCCCUGAUCAUCAACCUGAUCCUGAUCCUGAUCCUAAUCCCUGCCCCCAAAGAUUGUACAAACUAGCCUUAGUCAACCCCUCAUAUAUUUAUUCCCGAAGAAUUGUACAGAUUGUAAAGUAAAGUAGCUAAAUGUAGUGAUAAUUAAGACACGAAAAUCAAAAAUAAAUGCGAAAAUGUUUGAAAAUUA